AGGUGUUGAGAGAGAGAGAGAGAGAGAGAGAAGAGAGAAGAGAGAGAACUUGAACUUGAACUGGAUUAGGUGUUGAGAGAGUACAGUAUUUUGACCCAGUUACAUAAGUAAAUACAAACAGCUGAGCUGGGCAGUAGGUGACCACAGUUGAGCGCGGUGCAGAAUUUACUUUAACGGUUAUAAUUAAAUACAUUUUUCGGUAACAAACAUGGCUUUACGAGCGGCAGAGAGACUAAAAGUUGUGCUGAAUCAUCUGGAUCGAUCCGGAGCAACUAUAAGCACAUCAUAUACUUCUGCACAAAAUCUUUCAUAUCACCAGCCUGAGGUGCUUCAGUUUACCUUAGACACAGACCUGCUGUCUCCAGAACAGAGACUUGCGUAUGAAAGAGAUGGCUUCAUUCUGAUCAAAAAUUUGGUUCAUGAAGAGGACAUUAAAAGAUUUAGGGAGGAAUUUGAACGGAUUUGUAAAGGAGGUGUGAAGGUUCCUGGCUUGGUGGUGAUGAGAGAUAUAGCUAUUGCUAAGUCGGAGUUUGUUGAAGGAGAGAAGGCUGUGACUAAACUCCAGGACUAUCAAGAGGAUCAAGAACUGUUCCGUUAUUGCACUCUGCCCCAGAUUUUGAAGUAUGUUGAGUGUUUCACUGGCCCCAACAUUAUGGCUGUGCACACAAUGCUGAUCAACAAACCCCCUGAUGCAGGAAAAAAGACCUCUCGACACCCCUUGCAUCAGGAUCUACACUACUUUCCGUUCCGGCCUGCUGAUCGCAUUGUGUGUGCCUGGACUGCGAUGGAGAAGGUGACACGCCAAAACGGCUGCUUGGUGGUGCUGCCUGGCUCCCACAAAGGCAGCCUGCUGCAACACGACUACCCAGAUUGGGAGGGUGGAGUAAACAAGAUGUACCAUGGCGUUAGGAAUUUUGACCCCAACCAUCCCAGAGUGUACAUGGAGAUGGAGGAAGGAGACACUGUUUUUUUCCACCCUUUGCUCAUCCAUGGCUCAGGCAUGAAUCAAACCCAGGGCUUCCGAAAGGCCAUCUCCUGUCACUAUGCCAGUGCUGACUGUCACUACAUCGAUGUGAAGGGAACGACCCAGGACAACAUCAGGAAUGAGGUGGAGAAGCUUGCUAGCAAAAGAUUUGGGAACGAAACUACUAUUUCAUUUCAGGACACAUGGGCUUUUAGAGGACGCCUGGUCCAAGGAGAGAGGACAUCACUUUGAGCCUCCUCCUUUAUUUUGUCACCUGCAAAUUACAGCGGAAUCAUACAGCUAUAUGAGUGAUUAACAAGACUGAUCAGUAAAAUGUGAAAUCCUACUGAUUUUGUCUGCCUAUAAACUUGCUAAUAUGUAGUUAUAGCUCGGUUGAUAUUCAGUGAAUCUGUCAUGUCGAAUAAAGAUAUACAGAAUGUUUGAUAAAGACGAGAUAAAGAGAGCAGAAGAUGAAACAGGUAUGGUUAUGUGAACCGAUUUUAACAGUUAGGAGCAAGAAAGAUUAGCCUUGCAUUAUGUAAUUGUUCUUUUUUGAACUAUGAAUCAAAUACAGUAAAUGCAAUCUAAUAUAAGCUGAAUAAAAUUGAAGAGUGAUUCCUAGCGGUUCUUUUAAAUGAGCCAUUCACAAAAUUGUUAAGAGUUAUUCAAAGGAACAUUCUUUCAAAUGAAUUACAUUUUUUUUGGUUUAUAUGUUCACACAGUGCUGCACAACAAAGUGAUGCAUCCACUUUAGUUUUUGUAAUUUAAUAUACUUUUAGUAGAGUGCUUACUCUACUUUUAAUUAUCCACUUAAAAUUGCCAGGGUGGGAUCUUAGUGGUGCUCUCAUUUGACCCCUCGUCUACACAGACAUGAUUGUCUAUGUCUGAUGGGGAGAUGGCUAAAGCCCUUCAAUGGAUUGGUGCCUUAUCCAAGGUAUUCUGUAUUUACAACUAUUAAUUAAUGUAUGUUUUAUAAGAAAAAAUACUGUAGUUAGAUAUUAAUAACAUUAGCAUCUGUGGUUCCAUGAACAUGUUUUAUUUGCAGCAUUCAUUUCAAGGACUAUACUUUAAAUUUUUUGUGAUCUUUUUUGUGGUUUUAAGGAUACUGACACAAAUUACUUUUCUCUUUUAAUUUCAUUUUUUAAAACAUAUCUUUGGAUAUGCUAAAAGUAAAAAUACAUGUGUGUGUACAUUUGCAGUGGACAUAAGCACUGAAAUUAUAUUCAGUAAUAAAUACUGAAGUGGUUGUUGUUUCACCCCACAGUAAACUGAUUCUGAACUUUUACUCA